AUGUCGCACCACACCGAGAACCUGUUGGUCUGCAGCGCGUGCGGGACGCAAUUCGACGUAGAGGAUCGGGCGCUGCUGACGCGCUGCCGCAUCUGUGAUGACCCCCGACAGUUCGUGCCGCCGACGGGCCAGGCGUUCACGACGCUGGCGGAGAUGAAGAAGGCCGGGUUCCGGAAUAAGUGGAAGGAGCUGGAUGGCGAUGAGAGGUUCUGGUCGGUUUGGACGGAGCCGAAAUUCGCGAUUGGGCAACGCGCCAUCUUGAUCAAGACCCCGCUGGGCAAUGUGUUGUGGGAUUGCAUCUCGUUUUUGGAUGAGGAGACGAUUAAUCGUAUUAAUGGUAUGGGAGGAUUGGCGGCUAUCGUGAUUUCUCACCCCCACUAUUAUACCACGCAUCUUGAAUGGGCAGAGACCUUUGACUGUCCUGUCUAUCUGAGUUGGGAGGAUAAAGAGUGGCUGAAUCGACUAGAUCGGCUGGGGAAAGCAAGAACUUUCAUCGAGGGUUCUGAAGAGGAGAUUGAAGUUCAGGGGGAGAAGACGGGUGUCAAGGCACUGAAACUGGGAGGCCAUUUCCCAGGCAGUCUGGUGUGUCUGGCGUUUGGGAGGCUGUUAGUUGCUGAUACCUUGGUAACCACGCCAAGUGGUUUGGGUGAUUGGAGUAAAGGUCCUGAUGCCGGAAAGGGAGGAAGGCCUCCGGGUAUGAACAGUUUCGCUUUCAUGUGGAGCAUUCCCAACAUGAUACCGCUCUCUCCAGAAGAGGUUGCAGUGAUGUGGAAUGUCCUGAAGAAUCACGAGUUCGAGAGUACGCAUGGAGCGUUUGUUGGCACCGAUGUGAGGAGUGGAAGUGGAGGAAGUAGCGCCAGUGUUAAAACAAGGGUCUUGGAAAGCAUGCAGAUCCAAGUGAGAAAUAUGGGGUGGAGGGACCAUCCGUUUUUGAGAGAGACCUGA